CAAUGAACGAUUGUUGCCCACAAUAAGUUUCAAGAUUGUCAUUGCAAUAAUGUUUAUGUUUGGAGUGCAAAAUUAAAACGAAAGAAUAUGGAAUUUGAAAAGACGCCCCCAAAUGUGGCCACAUCCGACACGAAUUCCACAUGUGAGUACUUGGAUGCCGAAGGAGAGCCGGAACAAGACACGGAUCUCAGCGCAAGCGAUCUUUACCAGGAGGCGGAACACGGUGCCGAGGUCGAACAAAAUGAGCAUAGUAUUAUCUCGGUGCUGCGCGAUGAGCUGGUCACUCAAACACGUAACAAUUUGAGUCCAGACUCAGAAACAGCAGCAGCAACGGGACAAUCAAGAGACUUGGCCGCCUCAGUAGAGUCGCUAGCGCUGAGCACCUCCACCAGUGCCAAGACAGAGGACAGCGGCAGCACGAACGCCCUUGACGAGGACAUAUAUGACUAUCAGCAUGACAGUGUGUGGCGUGGGCAAAAGAAACACAUUUUCAUAUUGAGCGAAGCGGGUAAACCCAUUUACUCACUACACGGCAACGAGGAUAAGCUGGCGACGCUCUUUGGUGUCAUUCAGGCUUUGGUCAGCUUUGUGCAACUCGGCCAGGAUGCAAUCACUUCCAUACAUGCAGGCGGCAUUAAGUUCGCGUUUAUGCAACGCAACUCGCUCAUCCUGGUUGCGGCUUCCCGCACGAACAUGAGCGUUCAACAACUGCAACUGCAACUCAGCGAUGUCUACUAUCAAAUACUCUCAACGCUUACCUAUUCACACAUGUCGAAGAUAUUUGAGAAACGAAAAAAUUUUGAUCUGCGACGAUUACUUUCCGGCAGCGAGCGAUUGAUCUUCAAUCUGUUAGCCAAUGAUAGUAGCCAUGCCAAGGUUACCAACAACAUUUUUACAUUUUUGACCAAUUCGAUACGAGUCUUUCCCCUGCCUACAACUGUACGUUCCAAUAUAAUUAGCGCUAUACAGAGCAACUGUUCGAAGAUCAAGAAUCUAGUGUUUGCGGUUCUAAUAGCUAACAACAAGUUGAUCGCAUUGGUGCGCUUGAAAAAGUACUCUAUACAUCCGGCGGAUUUGCGUUUGAUAUUCAAUUUGAUCGAGUGCUCUGAGUCAUUUAAGAACUCUGAAAACUGGACGCCCAUUUGCCUGCCCAAAUUCGAUAUGAACGGCUAUUUGCAUGCGCAUGUUUCUUAUUUGGCUGAUGACUGCCCAGCGUGCCUGCUUUUGAUGUCCGUGGAUCGGGAUGCGUUUCACACACUAUCAGAGGCAAAGGAGCGGAUCACUGAUAAGUUGCGUCGCAGUCUUUGCCUGCAGGCCAUUAACAAGGAGCUAAACCAAUCCCACAAUGUCAAACUGUAUCAGCAGGUGCUAAGCGUACCUGAGCUGCGACACUUUCUCUACAAGCCAAAGGCAACGGCCCAGCUGCUCUGUCCAAUGCUAAGGCAUCCGUACAAAUCGCUGGCCGAAUUCGAGCGUCUGGAAGCUAUUUACUGUGAUCUAUUGCAUCGCAUACAUAACAGUUCGCGGCCUCUGAAGCUUAUCUAUGAGGUAAAGGAGCGUGAGGUGGUGCUUGCCUGGGUGACAGCCACGUAUGAGCUAUAUGCUGUCUUCGAAUCCAUUGUGGAUAAAGCAACGGUUAUUAAGUAUGUGGACAAGAUGAUUAAAUGGAUCGAAAAGGAAUACGACGUGUACUUUAUACGUAAUCAUCCUACUUUCUAAAAUGAUUCUAAAAAUAUUUGUUAGUUAUGAUAAAAGUCCCGCAUUUUGUAUAGCUAUAAUGAUUUAUGACACAUUUAAUUGAUUGUAUAAAUCGAACAUGCACGUAUACUUGUGUAUGCCAACAAUGCCUUCUAAUGAGCGACGUUGUUGUUGUGCUGCAGUUGAAA